UUGAGGAAGGCUCUGUUUUCCUGCUCUGUUUGUGGAAGCUUGAUAAAAUGCCAGGUCUUUGCAGCCUCUGGGGAGAGCCCCACUUCUCUAUGAUGUGAUCGAUCACACUUCAUCCUCAUUAAUACAAUACGCUGGCUUCAGGAACGGAAGGGCGAUUGCCUUCUGCUUGACAUUCGUCCUUCGGUGGUCUUAUUGUGGGCAAGGGGAUCGUAAGAGAGCCCUGUUAGAAAUACUCUCGCUGGAGCUUUCUUAUCCCACAUUUGUAUCGUUAAGGUGAUCGUUGAGGAAUAUCAGACCUCCAUGUACGACAAUUUGUACCUGCAUGGAUUUGAAGACUCAGAGGCGGGUUCCGCCGAUUCCUACACUAGCAGACCAUCCGACUCAGAUGUCUCUCUGGAUGAAGAGCAGGGCGGCCGGCAGGAGAAAGAACAGCAGGCCACCGUUCAGCUGGAAAGGGCAAAGGCCAAAGCUGUGGCCUUUGCCGUGAGGACAAACGUCAGCUACUGUGGUGCCCUGGAUGAGGACGUUCCUGUCGCUGGCACUGCCAUUUCUUUUGACGCUAAAGACUUCCUUCACAUUAAGGAGAAAUACAACAAUGACUGGUGGAUUGGGAGACUGGUGAAGGAAGGUUGCGAUAUCGGUUUCAUCCCCAGUCCCUUAAAACUAGAAAACAUUCGCUUACAGCAGGAGCAAAAAAGGGGCCGCUUCCAUGGGAAGUCCAGUGGGAACUCUUCUUCCAGUCUGGGUGAAAUGGUGUCAGGCACCUUCAAGCCCAACACCGGUUCUGCAGGUAAACAGAAACAGAAAGUGGCCGAGCACAUUCCUCCAUACGAUGUGGUCCCUUCCAUGAGGCCGGUGGUCUUAGUUGGCCCAUCGCUUAAAGGAUAUGAGGUGACAGAUAUGAUGCAGAAAGCGCUUUUUGACUUCCUGAAACACAGGUUUGAAGGCAGGAUAUCAAUCACAAGAGUAACCGCAGACAUCUCUUUGGCUAAGAGAUCUGUGCUGAAUAACCCUAGUAAGAGAGCCAUUAUUGAGAGAUCCAACACCAGAUCCAACCUAGCGGAGGUUCAGAGUGAGAUCGAGCGAAUCUUUGAAUUGGCCAGAUCCCUUCAGCUGGUUGUGCUUGAUGCCGACACGAUCAACCAUCCAGCCCAGCUCAUCAAGACUUCUUUAGCUCCCAUUAUUGUCCAUGUCAAAGUGUCUUCUCCCAAGGUAUUGCAACGGCUGAUCAAAUCAAGGGGGAAGUCUCAAAGCAAGCAUUUAAAUGUACAACUGGUGGCAGCAGACAAACUAGCUCAGUGUCCUCCAGAAAUGUUUGAUGUCAUUUUGGAUGAGAACCAGCUCGAGGAUGCAUGUGAACAUCUGGCUGAGUAUCUGGAGGCCUACUGGCGUGCAACUCACACGUCCCUCAGCACUCCUCUGAACCCUCUGCUGGGCCGCAACCUGGGCUCCACUGCGCUCUCACCGUACCCCACAGCCAUCUCUGGACUACAGAGCCAAAGAAAUAAAAACAGCAACCACAUCAGUGACAACUCUCCAAUGGAGCGCCGCAGCUUGAUGACGUCCGACGAGAACUACCACAACAACGAGCGGCAAAAGAAGAGUCAUAACCGCCUGUCCUCCAGCUCCCAGCAAAGUCGAGACCACUACCCUCUGGUAGAGGAGGACUACCACGAUCCCUAUCAAGAUGCGUACAAACCUCACCGCAACCGGGGGUCCCCCGGGGGCUACAGCAACGACUCACGGCACAGACUCUGAACAUCCAAUCCACUUCAGCCAGAGCUAUGAGAUAAAUCUCACGUCAUCGUGUAAACCCUUUCUGAAAAUGCAGUGCAUUGCGUUCACUCUGACCAUAUAUGGGCCAUCGUAACUAAAAGCAAAAUCCAAGCACCCGGUCCGUCUAUGUAAGGCAGUUGUUUGCAGCCCUUGCGCAUCUCUUGUCAGGCAGAUGGAGGUGCUGAUUUUAUCUGCAACGGUUGAGAUAAGAUGCUCUUCUGGGGAGUGACAACUAUAGUACCAUCUGCUCCUUCCAGUUUCUCCUAGUAGAGCCUCCUGCAUUUAAUUGCUAACCAAAGCCCCGCACUGUCUAUAUUUGCAGGACGUUUUGUGGUGGCAUGCUAAUUUUCACCCUGAACUAGUGCCGGCAUGCAGAAAUGCUCAACAGUGCCAAGACCCAAUCAGCACAGAGCCUUUUUGCACGAUUCCAGUAGCCAAUGGAAGAGUCAUGCGUUCACCGUUCUAUUUCUUCCUGUCUUUAGUAUUUAUGUUAAAUGGUGUCUUAAUUUGCCCUAAAAGCCUCAGGUGCGAAGCAGGAAUGCUUCAUAGGUGCCAAAAUAUAAGAGGUUUCUUUUCCCACCUUCUAUUUUCAUAAAAUCUCUACAAACAGUGUCAGCAGGCACUUUCUUUCUGAGCAAAACACAAAAGAUAGCAACAUAUUAUCCUUUUCUAUGUAUACCAUAAUGCCUAUAGUUCACUCAGCGCUUUGCCAGGGCCUACAAGAGGAAUGUUGUUGCAAAAAAUUACGCCAGAGGACCAGUAUCAGGUAGAUUUUAUCUUUUUAAAUUACUCCAUUACUUGGUAGUAGUAGUAAAUAAACAAAUCUAAUGAAAUCUUAUAAGAUUUAGAGAUUAUAUUUCACCCAAAAAUAAUAAAUAAAUAAAUAUAAACAAUAUAAAUGCAAUGAAGCCUGUUUUAGGACCAUUAAGACUCAAGUUGUGACAUUAUUUUCAUUUAAAAAAUUAAGCAAUGUUCCUCUAUCUUAAUUUCUGCAAUAAAAAAAGUAGAUUUUUUUGUUUGUUUACACUGUAAAGAAUUAUGCAUCAUUGUAAUAUUCGUUCAGUAUCAAUAAUUACAUUAAAUAGUGUUAUUUGGAAUAAUGUGUUAAAAAACGCUAUAAAUUAUUUAGAAUUAAAAUAGGAUUUAAAGGGUAAAUUGUGCUUAAUUAUGAUUAACAUAAUAUUGUAAUAAAAAAAAAAUCCAAAUCAAUUAUAUUUUCUUUAUGCUCUCUAUAUAUAUAUACAUAUGUGUGUGAGUGUUUGUGUAUUUUAUUUAUUUACAGAUUUAUAGAUUUUUGUGUUUGUGUGUGUGUGUGUGUCCCUGAGCAUGUUUUAUGAGAUUCUCAGGGGUUUUGCUGAGCUCAUAUGACACUCUGAUUGAAAUGGCACAGUAGCCUGUGUCGUUGAAAUACAUGGCAGCUGAGUGGAAAUCCAUUCUGUAAAUGAGGGAGUGUUUACGCGAUACAAUUUUCAGCGUUUUGAGUAAUCUGUCGUGUAAACAUACCCUCAGACAGAUCUGUGGAUUACCAUAAAGUUCCUCUAUUCUAGUAAGCUCUAGUAAGUCAUUGAUUAUUAUGACUGCUACCAGUCUUGAACUAUUUAGUGUAUUUAGCCUGACCUAUAGUAUGGUUACUGGUUGCCAUAGCAACAGACUAUGAUACAACAUUAAAACUAUAAAAGGAAAUGCAUUUUUUAUUGUUUGUUUUACGUGAAAGUUUUACCUGUGAUUAUUUUUUUUCUUUUUUUUUUUUUUUUUGUUAUUUGCAAAAGCUGUUCACACACACACACACACUGAAGUGCUCAGAUGAACAAAUCAGGUGUCAUCCCUGCCUUUGCUUGUGCAAAACUACUUGGUUGUGCUGCUGGCUUACAUGAUCAUGACACAAAAAAAAAUUAUUUUUUUCUAUUGCAUUAGACCUCCAAUUCCAUGGUCAGUUACUCAAUGAAAAAUGCUAAAUGAUGUUUGAUGAACAGUCCAGACAAUGCUUGAAUUGGUGUUGGCACAGUUAUUUAAAUGUUGUCUGGAUUUUGAUGUUUGCAUUUUUCUCGACUGAUUUCUUGGUACUUAACAGUUCCGCAAUCCGAUUACCUUAAUUGUGUUGUGCUGUACAGUGUUUCCUCUCACAGAGAUUGCUGUUGUGUGUUCGUAAUGCUCAGAGAAAGAACAAAAGCAGUGUUGAUUCAGUUUUAUAGUUACUGUGUUGCAAAAAGCAUUUGGUCCUAUCCUUCAGUGGCUUCAUAUAGUGGAGUUUUAAUCAUAUCUGAGUGUUAAUACUAAAUGUUUGGUGUGGAAACGAUUGGAUUCAUCCGGUUUCCGGUCUGCUGUAAGUUCUACCUGUGAGCAGUUCUGAUGAGGUAGCUUUGAUAGUAAUAAACUACUGGAUUUGCCGCGUGCAGAACUAGUAGAAAAGAAACUGUCUGUCCGUAGGCCAUUUUCAGUAUAUAUGGUACGUAGCAUUAGAAUGCAACGUUUCUGAAACGUUUCUUGCUGCAGUUGAGGGGCCAGUAGAAGUUAAUGUAGUUUGGGUAAAGUGUCCUUAUUCUCUGAUCACUGCCACCCCCCAUUUCUCUUGCCCACUCUUUUUUCUGUGUGCAAUAUUUCAUGAACUAUAGACUACUAUUAAUAUACUAUUCACAUGUCUUGUUUAAACCAGUAAAAUUCCCUGAAUCAUAUAGAAUGCGAGGGUUGAUGUUACAAAUGCAUAAAGAGCUCACUGGGAACCAGCUGAUAGUAUCGGUCAUAUUAUAUUAUUAAUUCUAUUAGAUCAUAUGCCUAAAACAAAACUUUCCUUAUUUUUAGAAGUUAAUCUAAGCAUUAUUUAGUCACCUUACAUUUUUGUUGAGCCUGGAACAAUGUUGCGAUUAGCCAAUCGGAUUUGAAGAAACAGUUUAUAGUUUUUGUGGCUCACAAUCAGUAUCAUAUAUACAGAUUACUUUUCCCCCUACAUGUACAUACCUUUAUUUGGAAAGAGUUACACAUUUUGGUGUGUGAUCCACAGUCUUAAAGUGCCCUAAUUAUGGAUUUUUGAGGAUGACCUUUCAUGCAGUGCGUAACACAGCUGAAUGAAAACGUCCUGCAAAGUUUUCAGUCUGAAAGCGCACCGUGUAUAAAGUUAUUGUCGCUCAAAAGAGAGAUGCUACCCUGAAUUGAAACCAGUCUUUUUUUAAAAGGAGUCCCAAGCCGUUUCAUGUUGCCCGCCCAUAUUUUCGCGUUGGUCUGAAUGAAAAGCGCAAAUUCAUUCUUUACAACUAGGUGUCGCUCUUGAAGCGUUAAAAGCUCACAAACACAGCUUUAAUUGAAAUCGACUAAUCACUGGAGGCGUUUUAAAAAAGAAUCGUUUAACGUUGAACAAAUAAGGUAAAAAAUAAAUACAUAAUAUAAGAAAGUUUCAUGCAUGUCAAUCUGUUGUUUGAGAGUCCUAAAACCAAAAUAUGAACCUUUCAUAACCCAUAAUAGGGGCACUUUAAGGUGCUUUGGUCAUUUUGGAGUCAGUAUUGUAGCCAACACUCAGGACCACCAUUGCUGUUACUAUUAGUAUUAUUAUUAAUUGCAGUUUCGGUCAAUACAUUCCCAGCCAGUAACUCUGUGCCUUAACUUCAUAAUAAGGUACGUUUGAUUUUUUUUCCCCACAACUUUUGCAAAAGGAAUGUUUCUUUGGAUUUAUUUAAAAGCAUUUUGAUCCUAUAUGAAGUUUCAAAUGUCAUUCUGUCUGUGGUAAAUUGUCAACAGAAUUCAUUCAUUUUGUAAAAAACAAUGUUCUUCCUAUAUAUCCACCAUCCCGAUAAAAACAAAAUUACCUUCCUUCCUGAGAGCAACAGAUUUUUUUUCCUCAAGUCAGAAUUCUGUUUAAUGCAAUGGCAUGUUGGUAAAAGGCAAUGAGAAAUUAAUCCAAAAGAAGUGAUAUCCAUUUACUAUGCAAAUGUGUACAGUGCUGCAUGCUAAUGCUUUACCUGCCUCUGCAACCUAAUGGCUUCAAAUGGAGUUCAAAUUGAAUUGUGGGUAUUACUUGUGCAGGACGGUAUUUGAUAGAAAUACAAAACUGCAUGCAUAAUAAUCCAUUUGCAUCGUCAGAAUAAAGAGACGCUAUAUGUUUUGGGGGAAAUAGAUGUGUACAACGAAGUAAGUUUUCUUUUGUAAAAUAAAUUUGAAUGUAAAAAGA